AUGAAGAUCUUCAUCGCUCUGUGCAUCCUGGCUGUGGCCGCAGCUUCACCACAAUUUGGCUUUGGUGGUAAUAGUGGCGCUAAUGCAAAUGCUAAUGCAAACGCUCAAAGUGGGUCUAGUGGAUUUGGUGGUCGUCCUGGUGGAUUCGGCGGUGGUCCUAGCGGUGGAUUCGGUGGUCGUCCUGGCGGUGGAUUCGGCGGUGGUCCUGGCGGUGGAUUUGGCGGUGGUGGAUUCGGUGGUCGUCCUGGCGGUGGUGGAUUCGGUGGUGGUCCUGGCGGAUUCGGUGGCAACCGUGGUGGCGGCUCGAGCUCAAGCGCGAGCGCAUCUUCCAGCGCUUCAUCUUCAAGCGGUGGAUUCGGUGGUGGCCUCGGCGGCAGCAAUUCAAACGCUAACGCUAACGCUAAUGCUAAUUCUAAUACCAAUAACUUUAGAGCUGAAUUGAAUAAAAGGCAGCGCUUGGCACUUGUUCAAUUAAGUGUAAAAAUACAUCUCAAGCUCUCAACAAUGAAACUGUUUAUUGUGCUCUCCGUCCUGGUGGCCGUUGCCUCGGCUCAAUAUGGUGGACAUUCGCAAGCGAAUGCGGUGGCAUCCGCAUCAGCUGAAUCGGGCGGUGUCAACUUUGGCCCAGGAUAUGGUCAUGGAGGACUCGGUGCUGGUCUUGGAGGCCAUGGCGGCUUCGCACAUGGUGGUGGACUCGGUGGUGGCCUUCAUGGCGGCCAUGGCGGCCAUGGCGGCUUCGCACAUGGUGGCCUCGGAGGACGCGGAUUCGGACAUGGUGGUGGACACGGAGGUCAUCAUGGAGGUCUUCACGGAGGUCAUGGCAAUUUCGGACCCGGUUUCGGUGGUUCGGUGGCUACAGCUCAGGCGUCUGCCAAUGCAGGAACCUACGGCAAAUAAAUAAAAAGCGACACAUUCCGAACUGAACUGGACAACGAUUAUGAAUUCAAAUAAAUGUUUAUGUUAAAGGCAAAAAUA